CUCUGAGAUCAAAGAAAUUUACAGUCGCAGUAGUCUUGUUCUCAAAGAAAUCCAAAAAGCAAAGCAAAACAAAACCCAAUCGGAGAGUAUGUCUGGAAUGGAAAGAUUGCAGCGGAUGUUCGCCGGAGCUGGCGGCGCGUUGGGCCACCCGCCACCGGACUCUCCAACUCUGGACUCUUCUGAGCAAGUCUACAUCUCUUCUCUUGCCCUCCUAAAGAUGCUUAAACACGGGAGGGCUGGAGUUCCUAUGGAGGUGAUGGGAUUGAUGUUAGGGGAUUUCGUCGAUGAGUAUACAGUGCGUGUAGUUGAUGUGUUUGCAAUGCCUCAGAGUGGUACUGGUGUGAGUGUUGAAGCUGUUGAUCAUGUUUUUCAAACCAAUAUGCUUGACAUGCUCAAGCAAACUGGGAGACCUGAGAUGGUUGUUGGUUGGUAUCACUCACAUCCUGGAUUUGGCUGCUGGCUUUCUGGUGUUGACAUCAAUACACAGCAGAGUUUUGAAGCACUGAAUCAACGAGCAGUGGCUGUGGUGGUGGAUCCUAUUCAGAGUGUUAAAGGGAAGGUGGUAAUUGAUGCCUUUCGCUUGAUCAAUCCCCAAACUAUGAUGCUUGGCCAAGAGCCACGUCAGACAACAUCAAAUCUGGGACAUCUGAACAAACCAUCUAUUCAAGCAUUGAUCCAUGGUUUGAACAGACACUACUACUCAAUAGCCAUAAACUACAGAAAGAAUGAACUUGAAGAGAAGAUGCUACUGAAUCUUCACAAGAAGAAAUGGACAGAUGGACUUGCACUCCAGCGUUUUGAUGCUCAUUCCAAAACCAAUGAGCAGACAGUUCAGGAGAUGUUAAAUCUUGCUGGCAAGUAUAAUAAAGCAGUGCAGCAAGAGGAUGAGUUGACCCCAGAAAAGCUAGCUAUUGCAAAUGUAGGAAGGCAAGAUGCAAAGAAGCAUCUUGAAGAACAUGUCUCUGAUUUGAUGUCUUCAAACAUUGUCCAGACAUUGGGAACCAUGCUCGACACUGUUAUCUUCUGAAGUUCAUUUAUCCCAUGUCUGCAAAAGUUGUGUUUUUAGUAGUAAAAUAGGAACAAUUCUUUUUGCUGUUUUUCUUUUAAAUGAGACCUAGUACUUCGUUUUACUCUGUCAUAGUAGCUCUUAUACUAUAUAACGUUACGUUAUUUUAAGAUGACUUUUCGGAAAUAAUAGUCUGUACCAUUUUCCUAAUUCAGUGCCUGUCUAUUUCGACACCA